CUACCAAGGUUUAUAGAUAAUAGAGGUUGCCGCAUUUACAAAUUAUGAAAUUUUAGGAGUGGGAGAAACCACACAGUGACGUCAGCCGAAGUACAAAAUGCCAAAAUGUAUAUUUAUUAAGUAUUAACGUUCAACUGCUGUAUUCGGUCACUACUCACGUGUUUUCUAUUGUUCAUUACAUUUCAUUUUUUGUUCAAUCCACGUUUAGUAUUAAAAAAUAUUAAGACAUGACAACAAAAUCAUUAAAACCCAAAGGUGGAUCAUGUUGUGCUGUAGCAACAUGCAUUAAUUAUGCUGGAAAGGUGAAGCGAGAUGGAAAUACUAAUAAUAUAUCAUUUUACAGAUUUCCAAAAGACCCAGAGCUACAAAAUAAGUGGGCUCUAAAGUGCAGAAGAGGAGAUAGUAUGAAUCCUUGUUUAUCAUAUAUGUGUUCUGAACAUUUUAGUGAUGAUGCAUAUGUUCGAGAUCUUAAAGCCGAACUCUUAGCAUACACUCCUAAAUUUUGUAAAUUAAAACCUGAUGCAUUGCCUACCCUAAAUUUACCAGAAGAUUAUACCCACAGUAAUGUAGCAUCAACAUCAUCAUCUAGUCGUAGAAGUAGAAUGGAAUUAAGAAAAAAAAAAACAGGAUCAUGAUGAUUUAAUAACUUCAGUUAUGAAUACUGAUACGAAUUGGCCUUCUGAUGUAUCUAGUUCCACAGUAAUGAUUGAUGAUGAUUCCACACUUCCACCAAAACCCAAUUAUGAACAAAUGUACAACGAACUACUUAAAAUGUAUGAAGUCUUACAAAAUGAAUCUAAUAUAAACUCUCAUAAACAUGAACAAUCUAAAAAAGAACCUGUUAUUGAUUAUCAAAAAAUCAAUCAAUCUCUCAGAUCCUCAAAACAACAUUUACAGACAGCAAACUCACUUUUAACAAAAAAUAAAAAAGACUGACAAAAGAAAUUAAAUUGCUUUCUAAGAACAAAAGUCGUGCGGUUGAUGUUGAAGCUAAAAAAUAUUUAUCGGCAAUAUUUUCUAAAAAUCAAAUAGACUUGAUAAUGAAAAAGAAAAAGAAAGUUCACUGGACUACUGAAGACAUUUCAAAAGCAUUUACUUUGAGAUACUUCAGUAAACGAGCCUAUGUUUACGUUAAGGAUGAAUUGCACUAUCCUUUGCCUGGACUGUCUUCUCUCCAAAGAUGGGCAAAAAAUAUAGACAUGCGAAAUGGUAUUCUUGAGGAUGUAUCAGAAUGAUGCAGCUUAAUGGUAACACAUUACAAGAUUAUGAAAAACUCACCAUCUUAAUGUUCGAUGAAGUAAAAAUAUCCAGUACUAUGGAAUAUGAUGUACUCCGUGACGAAGUUGUUGGCCCCCAUAGUCAAAUGCAAGUGGUUAUGGCUAGAGGGAUCGCAUCACAAUGGAAACAACCUGUCUUUGUUGGUUUUGAUCAGAAGAUGACAAAAUCUAUUCUUUUCAGUAUUAUUGAUGGACUGGAUCAAAUUGGGUUCAAUGUUUUAUGCUGCAAAAGUGAUUGUGGGGGUGGAAAUGUUGGUUUAUGGAAAGCAUUGGAUGUUACCUAUGAAAACCCUGUAUGCUCUACUCCAAACGGAAAAGAAAUUGUAUUUAUUCCUGAUGCCCCUCAUAUUUUGAAACUAAUAAGAAAUUGGUUAUUAGACACCGGAUUUCAAUUUAAUGAACAGCUGAUCAACAAAAAACCAUUAGAAAGUUUAAUUAAACAAACAUCAACAGAAAUUAGUAUUUGUCAUAAGCUUAGUGAAGAGCAUUUAACCUGUGAAGGACCUCAGCGUCAAAAAGUAAAAUUAGCCUCACAAUUAUUGUCUCAUACGACUGCAACAGCUCUUUUACAUUACAAACCUAUUGACGAUACAAAGUUACUCAAUGAUACUGCUAAUUUUAUCAAACUAGUCAAUAAUUGGUUUGAUUUGUGUAAUGUUUCUCAUUCAAAUAACCAUCGGACCCCUUUUACAGCUCCUUAUGGAUUAUAC